AUGGUUCGGCUUCCAGAUCAGCCUUUUUCAGCCAAUAAAAUAAAUUAUUUAUUGAGCCCGAACUCAGGUGCUCCGCAAAACCGAAGCUGCACCUUUCACCUCCGCUUCCCUUUUGAACCCGAGAACGACAAGCUUUAUCCCUUUCCAGCGCGCGAGGACAAUGGCUACUUCAUCGAACACAUUUAUCGCAGUUGUCUUCACAAAAACUAUGAGAACGAUCAAGUUGACGACGCAGUGGCGCAUCCCUUUUACUACUGCCAAAGCGUUGACUCGUGUCAGAUUCUUGAUUGUACCAAUUUAACCGUCGAAAAUAUCAUGUUUUAUUACAGCGACAUUGAUCAUUUUCCUGCGCAGAAAACGACGCCCGACAGGCACUUCAUUUGCUCGUGCGAUUACCCUUUCGUCAGUGCCCCUGGAGAACGCAACUUCACCAGUUGCAAGGCAAACGUCGAAGCCGUCUGGGCAGAGCUCAACUCGUUCAACGCUUUAGAAAAGUGCCUUAUUGUCAAUCAAUGUAACACUGCUUGCGCUCAAGAGAAAAACGCCGCCAACUUGAGUAUGAACAAGAAGUUGCGGCAAAUCUGCGGCCAAGUUGGCGGACCAAACACCUUCCUGCUUUGGAUUUGCUUCUUUGCCGUUUCGACGGCCGUGUUGUUCGUGCUCGUCGCUUACCGCCGUUGCAAGAGUUUUGGCUUUCGCGGUUCUGGUGGUCAUGGGACAGACGCCGGCGCCACGGAAGUCACAAUCCUUGUUGAUUCCCGAGAAGAGCCUCUUCUCAAAGCUCUGAAAGUCUUCGAAGGAAGCAUUGAGACGAAGGCGGUCCCAUACAUUCUCACCAAGUUCCGUGAUUUAUAUUCUCAAAGUUCAAUCUUCGGCAGCAUAACUUCUUCUGACGUUCUCAACGGGCGCCUGCCCCAUCAUUUCCUAGAACUUGACGCGUUUCUUCAAAGCCACUGUAUUAAUCAGAAUUCUUAUCUUGACGAUAACAAAGUUAUCAAACUGCUCUACGAUCUGAGUUGGUGGAUCAACGAGCUCCACGGAUCAGACCACGGAGGCCACAAUGACAAAUGGAGCCAAGAGCCAAAGACCUGGAGCAUUUUUCACGGCGCAAUCAAUCCAACUAACAUCAGAAUCUGUAUCCAAAACAACUGUACAUAUCUCAUAGUCGUCAACUUCGCAACUGCCUCAGAUCUACUUAAUCAGCAAACUGUAAAUAACCCAUGUUACAAUGAAGACUCAAAGCUGAGCUUCCAUGGAAAUUACCUGCCGCCCGAAAUGAUUACUAACCCUGAGAAGUCGGAGAAACGUUGCGUCUUGUCGGCGGAUAUCUACGCUUUCGCUUGCAUUGCUUGGAAACUGCUUCACGCCUCUGUCGAUCCUGCUUGCGCGCUAGAAGACCCUUAUGACAGAGAGCUUAAAAAACUCAAAAGCGAAGUGCCAAAUAGCUCGGAGCUGAGCGAUAGCCAGAGCUUGAAGCUCCUUUUUGAGGAUCGCUCGUUGAGGCCUAGCUUGUCUUUCGCUCGCGCCGAGCAGGACAAAAUCGUCGACCUAAUAAAUGACUGUUGGGUAGAACAGCCCGCGCUUAGAUUGACUGCCGCACAACUCUUCCAUCGUGUGAAUGAGCUGUCCAGAUGUUCUUCAUCAGUUUGA